AUGGCUGGUGCAUUUUGGGCGACACGCGUGUUGGAGAAAGUGAAGAAGCAUGAUUCUGGAGGACUCCUUUGGAAGAGAAUCAAACUCACCACUACCCGUAAAGCCAAUGCCAAGAAGCGUCUUCUCCGUGUGUGGCAGAAUGAAGCUGUCCUCAAGGCAUGUUCUGAACCCGCUCCUUCAGUAAGUUCUUUUGCCGGCGCCAACAAUGUUGCAAAGAGUAGUUAA